GUUAUACUAGUUGAAGCCUAAAAAGGACCGGCGCAUUGGAGCACUAUUAACAAGCGAGAAUGGCAGAAAUGGGAAUGGGAUGGUAUGGACCUCUUAUUGAUCUUUCGGCAGCGGCUUCUCACGUGGGAGAUUUCGUACAAUUCCUUGUUUUUGUUCACCGCUCCAAUCCUAUUCAGUAUAAAUCACGGAGAGGAAGAGGAAGUGGAAAUGGCGGUGAAGUGGUCCGCACAGACAUUGAUGUCGGUGACGAAAGUCGCCCCCAUUUCAACAUUACUCUUUGGAAUUCCAACCUCGCUUCCCAAGUUUUUGCUGGGGACAUCAUCUUCUUCCGAAAUGUGAAAGUGAAUUCAUUUGGUAGUAUCGUUGAAGCUUCGUCUGUUCACUAUUCUUCUAUCCUUCGUCUCAUCCAUCCUUAUCAUUCCCUCCUUUCUCGUGGUCUUGAUGAUCUGGUCGCUACUUGUUCAGUUAUCGGAACUACAAAGGACAAGCUUACCAGGGUCAUACAUUGGAUUCACCAAACUAGAAUCACUCUUUGUAAUCAACUCAAUUCCAAACAAGUUCCAGCACCACGAAACUGGAAAGAGCACCAAGAGCAAAAACCUCGUGAAUGUUUCUCGCUUUCAGAAGUGUUACACCUGUCUAAUUCCUGUAAGGUCAACUUUCAUGCAUCAAUAGGUGAACUUUUUUUGCAGUCUCUGUGGCCUGACGCCGAGAAAGAUAGGCUGUUCAUUAGUAGGAGAUUGAAUAUCAAGACUGACAUCAUAGUAGAAGAUAUGAUAUGUACAGGCUGCCAGCUCUGUGGCCUCCCUUUGUGUUCAGACUCCACAGGUGUGGGAAAAGACUGUCCAUUAUAUUGUGACAAGAGUUCAAACAGACUUCAUACAGUAGGCUUCAUAUACAGGCCAUUUAUGCUAUACGUAUGGGACGACUCAGAGCAUAUACCACUUCAUGUUACGAAUAAGGCAGCUGAACUCCUGUUUGGGAAUAUCAUCGCUGAAAAUGUGUACCUGUCAUUCAAGAACCAAAAGGAUCAUCAGAAUCUGAAAAACCCUUCCAAGGAACAUGUUAACAUACAGGAUCAUGCAAGAGUUGACCCAAAAGAUAUUGUGUCAGUCAGCAACAUGGGAUUACAGAAGAGGAGGAUAAAACAUGACCCUAAAAGCCCAAACUUGUACUUGAUAUGGUUAAUUGUGUUAAGGAUGUUGUUGCUUCAAGGGGAAAAUAGCUCUUUAACGUUUGAAGUUCUUAUUGAUUCUAGCUUGGAAAUGGAGGACGGAAGAUUUAAAAUGUUAUCGGUGUCAAUGUCAUAAUUUUCUGAAACGUAUGAUUUGCCUUUUCAAUUGUGUAAAUUUCUUUUUUUUUUCCCUAAAGAAUUUCAAUUGAAACCUCUUUAUGCGUGUUAAGAUUUGUACUUUAUUACAUGAGUAGAAUUAAUUAUCUUAA